GGACGCAGAAGCCACAUGCGCGGUUUAAAUAUCCAGCCAGCUGCGCCUGCGGGUUCUGUGCUGCGCCUGCGGGGCUGUGCGGCGCCUGUACCCGCUGCGUUAGGAGAACGAGGCCUGAUCACACAGCUGAAGAUGGCGGACGGGGAAAAUAAACUGGCUGGGGCCAAAGCCGGCUGUGAUGAAACGGAGGAGCCGGUUCUGAAGAAACGGCGGAUUAGCGUCGUUAGAACCCGCGACGUUACAUCGGAUAUUAUUCCCGACGAGCAAAGCGCGGGCGGAGCGCAGUCGGGGGAGAGCUGGGCGGCCGCGGCGCUAACGCGGCCCGCGGAUGAAGAGCCGGAGGCGGCGGCGGCGGUGGGCGAGGCCGCGGCGUUAGAGUCAGGAGAAAACAACACCGGGCCGCAGAUCUCCGAGUCCAGCAGACGUGCUUCUGACGCCGACCAGACUCCCGUGUUUGCACCGGCGACCGGGUUCUCAGGAGAAGUCUCCGACGGUGAGCAGCCAAACGGCUUUUAUUCCCCCAGCUUCAAUGAAGACGACGACUGCUCCUCUAACGCCAGUUCCAGCGACUGGACUCCCCAGCCUCAGAUUGGUUCUUAUCGUUUCAUUCGGCAACACAUAAUGAGAGGGACAGACCCGAGGACUAUUUUAAAAGACCUGCUUCCAGAAACUGUCCUUCCGCCUGAUCUUGAUGACAUGACACUGUGGCAGAUUAUUAUCAAUAUUUCGGAGCCUCCGAAGAGAAAGAAACGCAAGGAUGUUAACACCUUGGAGGAUGUCGUGAGACUGCUUAAUGACGGAAAGAAGAUCCUGGUGUUAACUGGUGCUGGGGUGUCCGUUUCUUGUGGAAUACCUGACUUCAGAUCCAGAGACGGGAUUUAUGCUCGACUUGCUAUAGAUUUUCCAGACCUUCCAGAUCCUCAAGCCAUGUUUGACAUUGACUACUUCAGAAGGGAUCCAAGGCCAUUUUUUAAAUUCGCAAAGGAAAUCUACCCAGGACAGUUUGAGCCAUCGCUUUGUCACAGAUUCAUUGCAAUGCUGGAUAAGAAGGAGAAACUUCUGAGGAACUACACUCAGAACAUUGAUACUCUGGAGCAGGUUGCAGGGGUCCAGAAUGUCAUUCAGUGUCAUGGUUCCUUUGCAACAGCAUCCUGCCUUGUCUGUAAGCACAAAGUUGACUGUGAGGCCGUAAGGGAAGACAUAUUCAAACAGGUCGUUCCCCAUUGCCCAAAGUGUCCUGACAUCCCUUUUGCUAUUAUGAAACCGGACAUUGUCUUCUUUGGAGAAAAUCUUCCAGAAUUGUUUCACAGAGCCAUGAAACAAGACAAAGAUGAAGUAGAUCUCCUUAUUGUCAUCGGAUCCUCUCUGAAAGUGCGACCGGUUGCUCUUAUCCCAAGUUCUCUUCCCCAUGAAGUGCCUCAAGUUUUAAUCAACCGUGAGCCGCUGCCCCACUUGAACUUUGAUGUUGAGUUGCUGGGAGACUGCGACGUUAUUGUCAAUGAACUAUGCCAUCGACUGAGUGGGGACUUCAAACAGCUUUGCUACAACUCUUCACCACUUAAUGAGAUCUCGGAGAAACCUCCUCCUUUGACACCUUUCCUGCUCGAACAGUCACAGACCGAAAUCCAGUCACUUGAGGAUGAACACACAGAAAAACUUGAGAUGGUCACAGAGACACCAGAGGACACCGUCGUAGACUCUUGUUUAAAAACACAGUUGAUGAAAGAAUUUAACGAUGAGGGAAUAAAUGUGUCACCUGCAGCCAAGGAAGCAACACCCUACUCGGAGCACGAAAACGAGAAAAUUUGUUUCAAAGGAACAAGCCCUUGUCCAGAGAGCUCGGAUGCCUGCCAGAAUUCACCAACAGAAACUAAUGAUGCUACUCUAAGUGUACCCUACCAAAAGGAGGAGAUAAGCGAGAGAUUGGAGACACAAACUGAAGAGGAUGCAAAGCACAGAAGUCAUAAUGUUAAAGUCCGUAAACAAUGCAGACUGAGCCAAAUUUGCCGAAGUCCAAUCAGUAAACGCCUCGGAGCCUGCCAGUACUUAUUCCAAACACCAAAUCGCUACAUCUUCCAUGGGGCUGAGGUGUAUUCCUGCUCAGAAGAUGAGACUUCCAGCUCUUGUGACAGUGAGGGUUCCUGCUGUAGUGGGGAUGUUUUGGAGGAAGAGGAGAGUGAUGCAGAGGAGGAAUGUGCACCAGCACAGGAUCCAAGAGAUGGAGAGGAAAUUGUUAGAGAGACAGUAUGUGAAAAUAAAUGCACAUCCAGCCUUCACACAGACAGUAUGACACUGAAUCUACACACAACUACAGGCUCUUAAGAUACAGCUGUCUUCUGAACGUGUAUUUCUCUAUAAGCACUGUGUAUAUUUAAUGUGCUCAUUUCUUCAUGUCUUAGACUGUAUAUUUUUGUACUCCCAUCCCCCCCUUGUACUUUUACAGUGUUCUCCAAAAUGUUUGGGACAGCAAAGUUUAAAAAUGGCUAUUUUUACUGUAUAUUCACGCAGUGUCGAUUAAAGACUUAAAGACAAAUUUGAGAGAGAGUAAGGAAUGUUACCUGUUAUUUCCAGCCAUAUGUGCUUUAUUGUUUAGUUGCAGUGUUUGAGUUUAAUUACACCUUUUGAUGAGCAUAUUUCUGGUUUCAAAUUGGGUCUGACCCAAAUUAGGUUUGCAGCCCAGGCAUCAACACCCUUCUGCCUUUUGAUGUCUGUCUAGAAAGUUUACAUAAACUGAAGUUAAAAAAAAAUCCUAUUAGAACUUCCUAUAUCUAAAAUUCCUAUAUCUAAUUUGGACGAAGCAAAAUCAGCUAUUCGAAAUUAACAAAAAGUGCUGAUUUGCAUAACGGCAACAACUAGGCCAGCUGAGCUGAGGUGAGGACAGAGCGUAGAACGUUUCCAGAGCUGUAAAGAAAACCUUAAACAAGCCUUUUGUCUAUAAAUAAAGUCUAUAAAUACAAGAAGGUUCAAAUAUGGAGAAAGGAAAAAUAGACAGUGCAAACAAACUACCUCAUUUGUGAAAUGCUAGAACUGAUCUCUUGAAUCUAUUGGAGGGCACUGUAUGUCAGUCUUCUGUUGCUUUUCUUGGCUCUUUAAAAUAAUUUCAUUUGUUGUCAUCUCUCCUUUCUGUGUAUUUCUGUUCUUAAAUGUUCAUUAGAAGUUUACUUCCAAUUAAUGUUUCAACGUGAUGAGAUGAUUAACUGAGAUUGGCCUUGAUACAAUGAUAUUGUACAAAAAGGGGAUUUUGUUUUGUUUUCUAGACCAAAGAGCGUUUUCCACAUUUAUAAAAUAUUGAGUCUUUUUUUUUCUUUUUAAACUAAGGUUUGCUUUUGGAAUGGUACACAAAGUUCCCAGCCUGAUCAUCAAACUGUGGCAUGUUUUGGUAAUGUGGCAGCUACGUGUUUUGUAAGAAGUAAAUUUGAUAUGGUGGAUAUUGUGGUGGAUGAAAAUUUCUGCUCUGUACCCAGCAGUUUUAAUUUAAAUGACAACUGGACUUGCUUUCAUUCACAAUUCUAACAAAGAUUCGCUUCAGCCGCCAUACAUCUGCAAACUUCAUAAAUCUUUAAAAUGAUCCAAGCCUUUACAUCUUAAAUAUCACAUUUUACAAAUUUGGUGAUAAACAAUUGUAGGCUGAACAUCAAAAGGGAAAAUCACAGCUUUUUCUUAUCAGACUUCUAAGAAAUCCUGUGAAAGUAGCCUCUAGUGGACCUGAACGCUCAUUAGAUCUUAGAUCGUUUUAGACGUGCUUUUGUUAACGGUCAAAAGGCGUCAUCGUUUCAGUAACUCCGACCGGCUUUUUGAAAGAAAUGCUCCAGGUUAGAUACAGAAGAUUGUCGAGAUGGGGCUGUGGUGGCAGUAGCCAAACUAUACUGAUUUUUCAGAAUGUCUGCAUAAUAAAUUAAUUUGUUAAGUGUAAA